AUGGCAGCAAUGUACACGGGGUUCCCGCACGACCGACACUUCAUGCUCUACAACAGAAACCAACAGAAGAACAUGCACGUAUCCCAGUUCCCCGAAAUGUGUCUCUUCAAAACCGAAUUUGACGACAAUGAAAACCCCAAAAAUGUCAUAGUCACAUAUACCAAAGACCACAUGUUCGACAGGCCAGACCAGAAACUGUCGCCCACAAAACUCGAGGUUUCCUUGAUGCCUGACACAAAGGGGUUGCAAGAAGUGCACAUCACAAUGCAUUCGAGCCCCUGCGUCGGAUACGACAUGGGCGAGACGUACGAUCGAUGGUUCAGUGAGCGGUUCGGAUAUGAAGUCCAGCUACUGUAUAUUGGAAACAAUAGACGAAAAGUGCUGGGGAAUGUUCCGCCUAGCAUUGCUUUGAAACAGGCACAGACAGGCUCACCGCCGCCAGGCGGUGACAAGGACAAAGUGUCCUCGUCGUCUUCUUCUUCUUCUUCGUGGUGGGGGAUCACUGCGAAAGCGAGUUCGUUGCUGGGAGCCGUGGUGGGUAGCAGCGACAAUCGGAGUAGCGAUGACACCCAGACUGAGAGCGAAGCCGAUGUCUCAGGCAUCGACGAAGGAAUCUCAUUCGCCGACGUGGCACCUUACCUGAUUGUCAGCACCAAGAGCUGGGAAAACGUGCAGCGUCGCGUGCCCGAGGGCGAGACUGUUGACAUCUCCAAGUUCCGACCUAAUAUAGUCGUUGAAGGCGCCGAACACGAAUGGGACGAGGACUACUGGGCAGAACUGCGCGUUGGAAAGUCGAGUAGAUUUGUGCUCACGCAGAAUUGCGCAAGGUGUUAUAGUCUCAAUGUCGACUAUGAGACGGGGAAAGUCGGCCAAGGUGAGGCUGGCAAGAUCCUCAAGAAGUUGCAGAGGGAUCGACGCGUUGAUCCGGGUGCGAAAUGGAGCCCUGUGUUUGGGAGGUAUGGGUUUCUGGCUAGAGUGCCGGAAGAGGGCAAGGACACGGUGGAAAUAAAGGUUGGUGAUAAAGUUGAGGUUUUGAAGAGGAAUGCUGAGAGGACGAGGUUUGAAUGGCCUGGUCUUAGCACGAAUUGA